GGAGUGGAGCUGUGCAAACCGCUUGAAAAACCCGACCACUUUCCGAGCAUGAAGCAAUUCCAAGACAACAAGUAAACCAGCGCGGUAGGAUUGAUUUGUUUCCUUGGGUGCCAAGCAUUUAAACUUGUUAGCUCGCCAUUUUCCUGUUGGAGAGGCUUCACGGUAAACUCGAGUCCAAUGGAUCCCAGGAACACUUGGAUCCAGCCGGAUCAAAAGGGAUCUGCAAAUUCCCUGUGGAUGCACGUUUGGGAAAUCUGUCAGGGAUGUGGAGCACACUCCGGCAUCGACAACCUUCACCACCAAGGUAAAUUCGCGACGCUGAAAACGAACUCCAAGGACUCAAAAGGCGAGUGUUGCAGAAACGGAGCGCCGCCACCGCCGCCGCCGCCGGGGAUCGUGUUCGGGAAGCUGCCGGACCGAGACGGCGGUGGAGACAGGGGGAGUGUCCGAAGGAAAGGCUCACUGUCACCGUCCUCCUCCUCCCUGGAUUCGGAGGCCGAGAGCUCCUCGCCCUUCGGCUCCUCUCUGCAGAUCGACAAUUUGAACGUUGCGGAAGAGGCCAGCCGGUUCUUACACUACGGCGAGCAUGAGUUGAACGAGAACAAUCUGAGACAGCCCCCUGCGCCGUUUCACACUGUUCAGCAGCAACACUGUCGCAGCAUGCAACAAUCUGGCGGCCACACCCCCAGUGGGAUGAAAAAUCAGCGUGGGAACAAGCACCACCAUUAUCAGUCACAUUCAUCUGGCCGCAGAAGGCAUCUGAACAGAGCCAACACUUUCCACGGCAUCAACCCGGCCCUGUCCUACGACUGCAAUGGACACUAUGUAGACUCUUCCUGCAGCCUGUGGAAAACCAGGCGGUACAGCCCGGGUAUUAAUGGUCUUCAUGAAGAGAUAAUGGACUUUUUCAACUUUGUGUCACCACGACCAGAGGAGGAGGCCAUGAGAAGAGGCGUUGUGAACCGAAUAGAACGUGUCAUCAAGGACUUGUGGCCCACAGCACGGGUCGAGAUCUUUGGCAGCUUCAGCACAGGACUCUAUCUUCCAACAAGUGACAUUGACCUGGUGGUGUUUGGAAAGUGGGACCAUCCCCCACUGCAGGAACUGGAACAAGCCCUGAAGAGACAUAACGUGUCUGGCCCAUAUCCCAUCAAGGUCCUCGACAAAGCUACAGUGCCAAUCAUCAAACUUACAGACCAUGAAACGGAGGUGAAAGUGGACAUCAGCUUCAAUGUAGAGACUGCUGUCAAAGCAGCACAGUUCAUCAAGAGCUACCUUAAGAAAUACACUGUUCUGCCACCUCUGAUCUUCGUUCUGAAGCAGUUUCUACUCCAGAGGGAUUUGAACGAAGUCUUUACUGGAGGCAUUAGCUCUUAUAGCCUUAUAUUAAUGGCCAUCAGCUUCCUGCAGUUACACCCUCGCAUCGACACACGACGUACCAACAUCAACCUGGGCAUCCUACUGAUUGAGUUCUUUGAGCUGUACGGCCGUGAUUUCAACUACAUGAAGACCGGCAUCAUGGUGAAGAAUGGAGGUGCCUACCUGUCCAAGGAGGAAACGCUCAAAUCCAUGGGGAAUGGGAACAGGCCCUCCAUGCUCUGCAUAGAGGAUCCAAUACAGCCAGGGAACGAUGUGGGCAGGGGUUCAUAUGGCAUUCUGCAAGUGAAGCAGGUGUUUGACUUCGCCUACAUGGUGCUGAGUCAUGGCGUGUCUCCUCUAGCACGUGCUUACCCCAACAAAGAAUAUGACAGUACUUUAGGACGCAUCAUCAAGGUUAGCCCCGAGGUGUUGGCCUACAGGGAGUGGACAAUCAGGAAAUGGGGACUCAAGCAGUAUGCCAAGCUGGAGAACCAUGAUGUAGAGACCUGUGAGCAGGACUUUGCCAGGCUAAUGCUCGUUCCUGUGGAGGAUCAGAGGGACACUUCCUCCCCACUCAGUGCUGACUCCUCCUCACCUUCUCCUAUCUUCCGCGACAGCCCUCAACACCAUUCAUCAUCCUCCUCUCCAUGCUCCUCCUCAUCCUCCUCCGGAAGCGACAUAGAGUCUGAUUCCCCUUCAAGCAUUAACAGUGCUAUUCAUCUACACUCCCUCACCCUGAGCUCAGUUCCUUCAUUGAUCCAGAUGGCUGCUGAGCUGAGGGCCACACAUCCAGCGGGCUUUAUCCACACCACACCUCAGAUGUCCCUCUCCUCUCUCUCCGAUUGCCAGUUCUUCCAUGAGAAUCCGCCUUCCAUCAGCCUUGUGCACCAUCCCACAUCACAAGCUGCACAAGUCGCCCAGCACACUAACUCCACGAGCCCUCUACCAAGCCCCCUCCACCAACUCCACCACCCUCAAGUAGGAGGGCAGCAGAGCCACGCAUACGCCAUGAGAUCUGAUUGCCAUGGCUCCUUCGAGACACACCGAUUUGGCUUCAAGCACAACCAGGGCGGUAGCCUCCGAGGUCAAAAUCACUCUCGAGGUAACUUCAGUCCCCAGCGGCGGUUUGUUCCCCAGGGUCACAACACGGCACCGGGUUUCAGGAACCAGCAGCAGUACAACCGUAACACCUGGCGACGCAGAAAGAGGGACAAUCUUCCUGCUCUUAACCAGAGUAGAUGAAAUAAUGAAGCUGCAUUGAUUUCAUCAAUCUCUGCUACCAUUGUGAAAACACUAAGUGAUGCUACAAGAAUCUUGCAGGUGAAGGGAGACUGACCGCUAAAGACCUCAAGUCUAAACUGUAGUCAGAAGUCCUUUCUCUAAAUUUGAUGCGCACCAGCACAGACUUGAGUUGACUUAGAAAUGCCUGAUUCCCAGACCCUCUUCUUACCAGUUUCACUUUCCAACAGCUAAAAAGUAUAGCUGGUUGACUGAAGAGUUCUGUCAGGUAUUGAUUUAUUUUUUUCUUACCAUCUCAGAAAGCAACGUCAUGUGCCAUAGUACUGAACUGGUUCAUCAAAGCCUGCCUGGUCUCUUUUUGAAGUUUUGACUCCUGUUGGGCCUUUUUGAUCAGGUUUUAAAGCUCAUUUGGUCUUCUGGAUGCAACUGUCUAUUAGCUACGCUCUUGAUUCAGAGCUCUUACAGCUUGAACUAUAAUCUACCAAUUGUACCCUGGACUGAAGUGAAGCACUACCUUUCUACCUAUGCAGCGCAAUGCUGACUUGAUGUUUUUGGUGUGAUGGCACAAAAUGGACCUUGUCUCAAGUGCUUAAACUGUGAUGACUUGUUUGAAUGUACCAAGUGUUUAUUUUUUGUGUGUUUAUUCUCUUUUGUUCUAUUUGUUUUUGUCACUGAGGGAUUUUUUUUUGUUCACAUUGACACUGUUUUGUACUGUAAACAUUGCCACCUUAUUUUAAGUUUGUUGCAUUAAUGUGCAAUAUAGACUUUGUUUUUAUUUAAUUUAUUUCACAUUUUAGUUUUAUUUCAGGGGUUUUCCCCACUAUAAGUUGUUUUUGUUUGUUUUUUUAAACUUUCAACACUACAUUGAUCUGUGCAAUAGAUGGAUUUUAAGGGCCUUGAAGGAAUGUUUGUAUGUGUGUGUGUGUACAGCUUUCCAACUGAAGGGGGAGCUAUGGUGUAGAAACAUGAGCAAUGUGCCAAAAAUCCCAUUAUGCCAACAUUUUACUCAUGUUUAAUUAACCAUCCCAUUGUGAUCACUUGAAAUUUUGCUGACCACCUGCAAAUAUUUUACACUACUAGUUCUCAUUUUAAACAUAGCACUCUUUUCAGUCAUUUGGGUGUAUUUCCCUGUAGGCUAUAUUGGAGAAAUUCACCCUUUUUGCUUUGUUUUGUCAUGUCAUUUCAGAAAUAGUUGGUGCUACUUAUUACCAGCAAAGUGCUUGUUUUCUGCCUUAUAUCUAUGAUUCUGUUAAAGCAACAGGUUGACUGCCGCCUUAAAUGACCAAAUCCUCCCUCUUUCUUGUACGUAGCCAGAGCUUUCUGUGUUUGUCUGAAAGCACUGCCAGUUUUACUUAGCUUUUUUCCCCCCAUACAGCUUCCAGGUAUAUGCUCCAGGAGUACACUCUUACUGCAGUUUAUGGUUAUUAGCAUCAUGUCACAUCUGUCAGGUUUCUGGUCAUUUUCUUUCCUUUGUUGUAAGAGACCCAUACCUUCUUUUUUUUUUUUUUUAUUUCUCUCUCAUAUAUUUAAAGUAAUUAUUCCCAUGACAAAGUUUCAAAGCUAUAUUAUCAACGCAGCAAUCCAUAAGAGGACUUGAGUUUUGGGAUAUCUCAGAUUCACCGUUGCAGGAGUUGAGUAACAAAACCACAAGAGUCAACAGUUAAAACAAAACCCUGUGGACCAAACUGAUGGAGUCAACAUGAUACUGUUAACAUUAUCCCUUUUGUUUUCAAGAAGCUGUCUAGAGGAUAAUUGAACCAUUGUGACAUCUCCUUUGACACAAACCAAAUCCCCAGCUCAUUUUUGUGUAAUUAAGAAUGGGUUGUAUUGUAUAAAUGAGUGACAUAUUAUAUAUAUAUAUAUAUUCCUUCUUUUUUUUUUUUUUAAUUAAGUUUUUCUA